AUGGAUAAUGCCGCUGAGCGCAGCAACGGCUCUUCUGCCGAUGCUGGACCCUUGAGACCUGCUCAACCGAACCUCUCGUCGUCUUCAGCCGAUAUGGACUCCGAUUACAACGACCAGACGCCCACAGGCCCCGUUGCCGAACCUACAGCGGUGUCAACUAAGCCUACGUCACACUCAAAGUCGACCCAAAGCCAAUCAGGAAAAGCCGAUUCGGGAUUUGACCAUCGCUCCCUCAGUCGGACGGGACAAUCUUCACGCUCUUUAAGCCACGCAGCUAGAAGGUUCAGUGGAAGCACGGCAGCCAGUACUGCUGCAAGCUCUAUCAGUGAGGUGGAAUCCUGCUCCCUAAGGCCAUGGAGGAUCGGAGUCUGUGCCUUGGAUGUGAAAGCACGCAGCAAACCAAGCCAGAAUAUCUUGACUCGACUCCAAUCGAAAGGCGAAUUCGAGGUGAUCGUUUUUGGAGACAAGGUUAUUCUCGACGAAGCAGUCGAAAAUUGGCCGGUGUGUGACUUCUUGGUCGCUUUCUUUUCCGAUGGAUUCCCCUUGGACAAAGCCAUUGCGUAUGCUAAACUUCGCAAACCGCUCUGUGUGAAUGACCUGCCUAUGCAAAAGGUCUUGUGGGAUAGGCGGCUCUGCCUGAGAAUUCUGGAUCACAUGGGUGUUCCCACCCCGAAGCGACUGGAGGUCAACCGCGACGGCGGUCCAAUUCUAGAAUCUGCUGAACUAGGCCAGCAUAUCUAUCGCCUGACUGGCGUGAAGCUCGAAGGCCCAGAGAGCGGAAUUGGUGGCGGUGCUCCUCAGACCAAGAAUGUCUCAAUGUCCGAGGAUGGCGAGGCCUUGAUUGUUGACGGCAAAGUGUUCAAAAAGCCCUUUGUUGAAAAGCCUGUCAAUGGCGAGGACCACAACAUUCACAUCUACUUCCCCAACGAUCAACAGUACGGCGGCGGUGGAAGAAGACUUUUCCGAAAGGUCGGCAACAAAAGCUCAGAAUAUGACCCCAAUCUCACUGUUCCAAGGUCCGUCACCGAGAAGGACGCAAGUUAUCUGUACGAGCAGUUCCUCAGGGUGGAUAACGCGGAAGAUGUCAAAGCCUACACCGUUGGGCCGGACUUUUGUCACGCAGAGACGCGCAAGUCUCCCGUGGUUGACGGCCUCGUUCGGCGCAAUACCCACGGGAAGGAAAUACGAUAUAUCACGAAACUUGGAAAGGAGGAGGCAAUAAUCGCAUCAAAGAUAUCAAAUGGAUUUGGUCAAAGAAUUUGUGGCUUUGACAUGCUCCGCGUGGGAGACAAAAGUUAUGUCAUUGAUGUCAACGGCUGGAGCUUCGUCAAGGACAACAACGAUUAUUACGAUAAGUGUGCCAACAUUCUCAGGGAUAUUUUCUUGGAAGAAAGACGCAGAUGCGAGGGGAUAUCAGAAUCGUCCGAGCCUCCAUCGCCGGAUAUAGGCUCAUCCAGAAGGAGCACGGCAGGAUCCCAUCGCCAAACGCUAAAGACAUUGCUGAAGUCUCCUAGCACUUCCAGGCUGUACGGGCCAAGCCCGAAACCUACUGAUGCUUCAGAGUCAUGUACUCCACCACUGGCGUCAUCUGGGGUAGAGGGUACUGAUGUUAGCGCUGCUAUCAGCAAGUUGAAUUCCCGAGAAGCCGCCUCCACUAGUCGUGGAUAUAGUCCCUCGAACACGAAAUCUCCAGCUCUUUCGGUACAGCACGCCAAUGACGAAGCCCUUCCCCCUCUUCCUGCUUCCAAACACUCUUGGAAGCUGAAGGGCAUGGUGGCGGUGAUUCGACACGCAGAUCGUACCCCGAAGCAAAAGUUCAAGUUCACAUUCCAUAGCCAACCUUUUGUGGAUUUGUUGAAAGGGCACCAGAACGAGGUGGUGAUCAAGGGGGAAGCUGCAUUGUCCAGUGUUUCUGAUGCCGUCAAGAUUGCUAUGGAGAAGGGCCUCGAAGACAUAGAGAAGCUCAAGUUGCUCCGUACAUCCUUAGAGAAGAAGGGCGGUUGGCCUGGUACCAAAGUACAGAUCAAGCCAAUGUUCCGCAAACGAAAGCCAGAAGAAAUGGGAGAACAGGGCCCACUGCAAGCUUCAACUCCACUGUCCGAGGGCAAGCCCUCCGAGGAGCCCCGUGCACCUGUGCCCAAUGAGGGUGAAGGACUCACGCCAGAGAACGAAGACCUGCGUAGAUCACAGACACGAAGUGAUUCCAUCUCAGGUGCGACUUUUUCUCGGUUCUCCGCUGCCGAGAAUGACUUGAUCCUGGACAAACUACAGCUUGUGAUCAAGUGGGGCGGCGAGCCAACACAUGCCGCGCGUUAUCAAUCGCAGGAUCUUGGAGUGAACAUGCGUGAUGAUCUGAAGCUGAUGAACAGGGAGGCGUUGAAUAACGUUCGCAUAUUUACCAGCUCUGAACGUAGAGUGAGCACCAGUGGUGAGUUUAAUUUCCUCCUCGAGACCUUCAUCAAGCUAAUAAUAUUUCUUAUAGCUCAAAUAUGGGCGUGCUCAUUUUUGGACCAGAAGGAUAUCCCUGAAGACUUGAUACAAGUUCGGAAAGAUUUGCUUGACGACUCAAAUGCCGCCAAGGAUGUCAUGGAUAAAGUCAAGAAAAAGCUGAAAUUGCUUCUGCGAGAAGGGUCUGCGCCCUCACAAUUUGCUUGGCCCAAGGACAAAAAUAUUCCAGAACCUUCAGUUGUCCUUGCUAGGGUAGUUGAACUGAUGAAGUUCCACCGGAGUGUUAUGCGACAAAACUUUGAGAAACUCGACAGCGCACCGUACAUCUUCCCAACUUCAUCCAAUGAUCCUGAAAUCCCGAGCCAACCAACAUCCGUGGACGGAUUGGAUCCCCCUGACAUAUCCAACAUACAGGGCCGUUGGUGCGCGGGUGAAGAUCCUCGACUCUUUAAGGAACGGUGGGAAAAGCUCUUUGCAGAGUUUUGUGACACCGAGAAGGUCGACCCGAGCAAGCUUUCCGAGUUAUACGACAGUAUGAAGUUCGAUGCACUCCACAAUAGGCAGUUUUUGGAAUGGGUUUUCAUGCCACAGGACAGUCCCCGUGACUCCGAUGAAGAUCAGAAAUGCAGGAACGCAGCUAAGGCAGACGCGAGCGCGGAGGGGAAACUUGGCCAGGAAUCCGGGAGCGACAAAUCCGAAGAGCGUUCAGAAAGCCAGACAUUUGCUCAUCGCUUUGGGUUGAAGAAGCGCAUCCUUGCUUCCGAGUCACUGCCGCACCUUCGGGCACUAGACGAUUCAUACGAUCAUUAUUUCAAGCUUUUCCCUGGCUCCCAAUCCUCCAAGUGCAAAAUGGAUGAGCGGCUUUCGCAGCUCCGGGAACUGUACAAGCUAGCCAAGGUUUUGUUUGACUACGUGACGCCCCAGGAAUAUGGUAUCACCGACAGCGAGAAACUCGAGAUUGGCCUCCUAACAUCUCUUCCCCUUCUUCAAGAGAUUGUUCGAGAUCUAGAGGAGGUGCAGGCUUCGCCGGAUGCCAAAUCUUUCUUCUACUUUACCAAGGAAUCUCAUAUCUACACCCUCUUGAACUGCAUCUUGGAAGGUGGAAUUCAAACCAAGAUCGCCAGGAGUGCCAUCCCAGAACUUGAUUAUCUUUCUCAGAUUUGCUUUGAGCUGUACGAAGCUCGGGACAGUGAAUCGGACUCCUACUCUUACUCCAUCCGAAUCUCAGUCAGCCCUGGUUGUCAUGCGUUCGACCCACUUGACGUGCAACUCGAUUCCAGGCACUCCAUUGGCUGCACCCCACGCCGAAGCCUGACAGCCCAUCAGGAUUGGAAGGAGGUGAUUGAAACGUUGAAGGCGAAGUUCAAUACUGUGGAACUACCCAAGACCUUCAUCGCGGUAAACCUCAGUGACAAGCAUAGCCAUCAUGAUGGGAGUUCACCAUCGCCUCCACGUGGUCUUUCCCCAUCUCAGGAAUAA